CAGGAGGGUAAAGUCGGGCCGGGGGGACUCCCGGUCGCGCAGCCGCAGCGAGUGGCGCUGAGGACGCCGUCGGGGUGAUCUCCCAGGGGCGGAAACCCCCGCUCAGCCCCAAGGGUGGCAAGAGUUGCAUCGACACCAUGGCCAUAGACACCCACGGCCUGAGAAAGAAGGUCAGCAGAGCAACGUGCCACCCGGCAGCCCGAGCCAUCCUCAGCAGCCUGCUGCUCUAUGUCACCGGCCACGAGGACACAGGAGCCCCCCAGGGGCCUCCUUCCGCCAAGAGAGCAGAGGUUGGAGACAGCGAGGCGAGCCCCACGUCUGAGCCCCAGGAUGCCCACAGGCGGCCCACGCGCUUCCAGCUCCUGCAGGCCAAGUUCAUGGGUGCCGGCCGGGAGCACCUCAAGAAGACCCGGGAGGUGGGGCGACUGAUCUUCAAGGACAGGCAGGGCUCAGGCAGGAGCGUGGUGACCACCACCAUCAACAAGCUGCUGGAGAAGGCCAGGGAGGGGGCCAGCGGCCGGGCACCAGGCCGAGAGCCACUCUUCAGGGAGAAGCCGCGUUGCAGCCUCCCUGCCGGGAGGAGCCCCAUGAAAAGCAUUCUGAAGGUGUUCUUGGCCGCAGAGGAGAAGGAAGCCGAGGAGAAGGAGGCACGGGAGAAGCCCAAAGCCGCCAGGGGCCCCCCGCCAAAGACAGCAGGAAAGAGGGGCUCCAUCCUGUCCAAGCUGCGGGAGAAGUUCGAGCAGAGUGGCUCUCUGUGCUCAGAGGCCAGGGUGCUGCUGCUCCGCAGGGACGACCAGAGGAAAAAGCGCACGCACAGGCCCAGACCGCCGCGGUCCGAGGCCCGCCUGCUCUGCGCGGCCACCAUGGCCAGCAGCUGCGUCGGGACGCCCCCCGCCCGCUUCCUGGCCUGCGUGGCUGAGCCUGUGCUGGCCUUCAGCAUUGCCAUGGUGGUCUGCGGCCCCCGGAGCUGGCUGUCCCGCUGUGCCAAGAUAUGCCGGGCAGAUCGGGGGCAUGUGCUGAGAGGAGAACCGGGCGCAUCCCCCAGCACAGGGAACAAACCAGCAGGAAAGGGGGGUCACGGUGGGGAGCCCUCCCAGCCCCAGGCGGCCUGGGACACAGCUCCCAGGGACAGCCUGGAAACAGCAGUCCCCACAGGUGACACGGUGCUGAGGGGAGUCAGGGCAGGCCUGGACCCUGGGCUCCUGGGCAAGGGCACCUGCACUGAAGACGCCCUGGCAGUCUGCAGUUUGGCGGGUGAGGCAGAAGGACUAACUGCGCGCUUGGAGCCCGAGGUUGGCCUCUUCACCCAGAAGGGCGUCCCAGAGAAGAGGGCACGGAGGCCCAGCCCGCAAUGCGCAGAGCGCGUCCCCCAGCCUCCCGGCGGACCUGCCCGACUGCAAGAGGCACAAGGAGACGGGCGCCCUCACCGUCUGGGGGGAGAGAGCGGGGUCAGAAAUGCACAGGCACCGUUUCCUGCUGUGCCGGAGCGCGAAGGCCACCAGGUGGCCACGCCAGGGCUUAGCGGGCCUGUGGGUACACGUCAGGGCCCACAGGCCGGCCAGAGCCUCGUGCCUCCUCGGGGUAAUGGGGAUGCCCCAGAAGCAGCCCAACCCAAGCCACAGAGAAGCGGCCUCGGGGAACAGGAGGAAGGAGGCGGCCAGGGGCAGUCGAGCAGGCCAGGGCGUGCUGGGGACCGGCUCAGCCGGGCAGAGCACCGCAUGCCAGACCACCGCAUGCCAGACCACCGCAUGCCAGACCCAGAUGACAGGCCAGUCCUCCAGGCGGGAGCCCCGCCACCUUGCUACAUGGCCUCAGAGAAUCAUCCGCAAGAGCCCUCUCCUGGGGAGGGAAGCUGGGUGGACGUCCCUGCACCGCUGGUGGCUCAGGCAGGGGUGAGGAUAUGGGAGGGCUUGCCCGGGGUGGUUGCGACAGUCCUGCAUGGGUGGGAGUGCAGGGGACUGCCGCUGCCCGUGUCGGCCCGGCCCCUGUGGGGCCCCAUAGGGAGCGCCGACCAUGACUCCAGCCAGAACAGAGCUGCCUCCCCAAAAGAACACCUGAAACCAAGCGCCACAGCCCCUGGACGGGUGACAGCUGCGGGGACCACUGAGAGUCACACAGUGCCAGCACCAGGUGCCAUCCCGAACCCCAAAGACUGGCCAGCCAGAGUGGGGAGCACCUUUCACGAGGGCCAUGGCGACUCCCCAUCGAGUCACAGCCUUGUGGCCGAGGCCCCUGUGGGCAUGCCCAGCUGCCUUGUCCCCAGGGGACUCCUGGAGCACCACAGCCACCCGCCUGUGCCCUCGAAGCCUCCAUUCCCAACUGCCCAGCCCCAGGCAGGCGCCGCCUACCACCAAGCCUCUGGGGGAUCCGCAGCAGGAAGGGAAGCUGCCUUGGCCUUCCCAGGGAGCCCCCAGGGGGACCCCAGAGCAUCCCCAGAGCCAACCUCCCCUCACCCCGUGCCCCAGGGCAGCAGUGCAGUGGGGCCUCAGCACCCCAGUUUGGGCAAGCUGCUGUUGCCUUCUGAGAACUGCCAGGCCCAGCAUGGGACCCAUGUGGUGCCCGAGGAGCAGCUUCCCCCUGGCGCCAGGCCUUCCUGCCUGCUUCCCUCAGGGCCAGCCGCCACAGCAGAGGGGCAGUGGGUGGUUGGGGUGUCCCAGCAGUAUCCCAGCCCCCAGGCCCCACUGCGGCCCAAACUGCACACACAGGCUGGCGUCCCGGAGGAAGAGGAGAUCAACUGGAGUCCCCGGCCUCGGGUGGGCCUGGGGGCACCAGAAGUGGGGGCCUUGGGGCCCAUGAGGCCUGACAGUCCUGGUGAGAAGGGGGUGGCCCCACAGGGCCAGAAAGCUACACUGCGUGGUGCUAAAGAGGGUCAGUCCUGGCCCCAGGGUGCCCUGGUGGGGAGUGGCACUGUGGCCACUGGCAUGGAGCCUCCCAGCCCACACACCGGGGAAGGCCCAGAGCAUUGGCAGGAAUGCUGGGAACAGCACCCAGAGGAGCCCCUCAGGGGACAUGCUGUCCUGGCUGGAGAGAACCAAGCACAGAGGUCCCCAGAGAGGCCGGGGUUCCCAGCACAAGCCCAGGUUGGCAGGAUGGUGCCCUGUGACCUGGCGGGGCCCAUGGGCAGCUCUGCUCAAGUGGCACCCACUGUAGGCAUGAGCGGGAAGUCCCAGGGACUGGCUCGUGGGAGUGGCCAGGGAGGCCCCCAGAUGCUGGGCCGGGUGGAAGAAAACUGGCCCCAGGGGUUCAAGAGCCAACCAACUCCAAGACCCCAGCCAGUGCCAGGCUCUGCAGUGCCUGCGUCCCAUGCCCCAUACCAGGUUAUGCCCCCAGAGGACCCCAGGGUGGGGAGAGGGCACGUGCCCCUGGAGGACCCCGGGGUGGGGAGACAGGGUGUGCCCCCAGAGGACACUGGGGUGGGGAGACAGGCUGUACCCCUGGAGGACCCCGGGGUGGGGAGAUGGGCUGUGCUUCCGGAGGACCCCAGGGUGGGGAAACAGGGUGUGCCCCCAGAGGACACUGGGGUGGGGAGAUGGGGUGUACCCUGGGAUGACACUGGGGCAGGGAGAGGGCGUAUGCCCCCAGAGGACCCUGGAGUGGGGAAAGGGCAGGUGCCCCUGGAGGACCCCAGGGUGGGGAGACAGGGUGUGCCCCUGAAGGACCCUGGGGUGGGGAGACGGGGUGUGCCCCGGGACAACACUGGGGUGGGGAGAGGGCAUGUGUCCCUGGAGGACCCCAGGGUGGGGAGAUGGACUGUACCCCCGGAGGAUCCCGGGGUGGGGAGACGGGCUGUGCCCCCAGAGGACCCUGGGGUGGGGAGAUGGGGUGUGCCCCCAGAGGACCCCGGGGUGGGGAAAUGGGGUGUGCCCCCAGAGGACCCCAGGGUGGGGAAAUGGGGUGUGCCUCCAGAGGACCCUAGGGUGGGGAGAGGGCAUGUGCCCCCGGAUGACCCCAGGGUGGGGAGACAGGGUGUGCCCCCAGAGGACCCCGGGGUGGGGAGAGGGCAUGUGCCCCUGGAGGACCCCAGAGUGGGGAGACAGGGUGUGCCCCUGAAGGACCCCGGGGUGGGAAAACGGGGUGUGCCUCCAGAGGACCCCAGGGUGAGGAGAGGGCAUGUGCCCCCGGACGACCCCAGGGUGGGGAGACAGGGUGUCCCCCUGAAGGACCCCAGGGUGGGGAGACGGGGUGUGCCCCCAGAGGACCCCAGGGUGGGGAAACGGGGUAUGCCACCAGAGGACCCCAGGGUGGGGAGAGGGCGUGUGCCCCCAGAGGACCCCGGGGUGGGGAGAGGGCAUGUGCCCCAGGAUGACACCGGGGUGGGGAGAGGGCAUGUGUCCCUGGAGGACCCCGGGGUGGGGAGACGGGGUGUGUCCCAGGACGACACCAGGGCGGGGAGAGGCCGUGUGCCCCCAGAGGACCCUGGGGCAGGGAGAGGGCAGGUGCCCCCCAAUGACCCCAGGGUGGGGAGAGGGUGGGUGCCCCCGGAAGACCCCGGGGUGGGGAGAAGCAUGUGGGGAGGCGACCAGCGUAGGAGGUCAGCACACCUCGCCAAGUACAGAGCGCAGAGCUUCAGCGACCAGAGGUCCUUUGAUUUGUCCUUUAGACCAGCGUUUGUCAGGGCCGAGGACACGUUCGAAUCGCCCAAGUGAGGCUCCGGCCGACCCUCCAUUUCUGCUCCUUGCCGGGUGGGAGGCUCUCCCACCUCCCAGACAAUCCUCAUUCAGAGGCCUGACUGGCAUUUUCCUUCCCUUCUCGCCAUCCCCGAGCUAAGGGCAUUCUGCCCGACGGGCUGUGGGGCUCUGCCUUCUCCUAGUGCGCACGCCGCCUCUUCUCCCGAGAGCGGACGGGCCUGGCAGAGCAGCGUGCCUGGCCCCCAAGCGCUGUCUCUCGGACGCUCUUUAUUCCAUCGGGGGCGUCUUCAUGUGGCCAGUGCCCGGCUCACACUCCUGUCUCUGCGGAACGGUGUUGUGCUAGCACGCUCCUGCUUGGUGCGCCUCCGUCCUGCCCCACGUGGUGGGCUCAGGCGGCUUCAGCCUUUGAGGUACUUUUCCCUUUUGGGUCACCAGCAGACGCCUUCAUGGCUGGUGUCAUGGUGCCCCUGCCUUGCUCACACAGCCUGUGCAGCCCCCUGGACACGACAUGAGCAGGGGAGUCGCCCGGAAGGUGUCAGGUGUGUACUUGCCCGGAAUGUAAGCACAGACCCCAACCCCAGCGGCCCAGCACAUUCAGGAAGGAUGAGCUUCGGUUCUCCCAAGCAGCUUCCCGGGGUGGCCUGUGUCCCUGACCCCCACCUGACCCUGCCACAAAGCCAGAAGCCACCGUUCGGUGCACGUGUGGGAGCACCGAUGGCUGACGUUACAGCUCCCUGUGCCCAGCACCCUCGGCAGGGCUCUCUGAGCAGGAGGUGGAUUUCUGCUUGGUGAUGACCUCUGGGUGUUCGCUGCCUUUGAGCGGAGCAUGGUGGUAAUGGUGCCGCAGGAACGGCCUCUGCCUCCCGUUUGAAUGGUCACUGAAGAGCUCUGACCGGGUGCUGAGUGAGAACUGGGCUUGUCACUGAUCUUACUAGGCGAGGCCUGAGCUGCACGGUGCCUCCUCCCGGGAGGUGGCCCUGAUGUGACAAAGUGCACGGUGGCUUAAGGGGCACAGGGCUUGGUGGGGGCUAAGCCGGAGGCAGGCAGGGUCACUUCCUGCCGCCUGCCUCUCUUCAGUCAGGCUGUUGAUUUAAAACCCGGCAGACUGGAAAUUCCUGGAACUACGUCAGGUGCAUGGGAGGGCCAGGAGGGUGCUGGGCGGCCUUGGACAGUGGGGCAGUGCUCCAGGCCCAACUGUGAGGCUCUCUGCCUGGCUUGCUGCCUGGCAGUGUGAGUUGGUGUGUCUCACAGUCCCCUGCACACGCAGUCUGGGCAGCUGGAUGAGGACCCCAGCCUCUGGGAGGGGGACCCAGGAGGUGCCUCUGUGGCUGCACUUGUCUCCACCGGGGGUGGGGCCUGCGUGGAGGGGCGUAGUCUGUGGGCCCCAUGGGCACUCAACCUCCUGGGGGAGGGGUGCCCCUCUCUCAAAGCACAGGCUGCGGUGCCCCUGCCCCCCGGGUUUCAGGAAGGCUGCAUCCAGACGUGGCGCUGGCUUCCUGGGGCUGCACAGCCCAGGAGGUUCAUGAGACAGACACACAGGGAGGGCCCCACAGAGCGCCCAGACACAGGCUUUUCUGGUCCCGUGGACCACACCCGCUCACACCCAGGGUGUCUUCGCAGGGAUGGGGAGGUGGCUCCCUGGUGCUGCACGGGCAGGCGCCGUCUCGUCUGCCUUCUCCACUUACACUUCGUCCCACAGAGGAUUUGAGGCACGGAACACGGUGGUGGAGGAAACAGACUGCAUCCACUGGGUGUUCCCUUUGUGAGAUGAGCAGUUUUGUGCUGCUUUUAAACAGACC